AGCAACUUCCCGCCCCGAGCCCCGCCUCCCGCGCUGCGUCUCGCCCGCGGCGGCGCGGACGGCGGAGUCAAGAUGGCGGCCGAGCUGGAGUAUGAGUCUGUGCUGUGUGUGAAGCCGGACGUCAGCGUCUACCGGAUUCCGCCCCGGGCCUCCAACCGCGGUUACAGGGCAUCUGACUGGAAAUUAGACCAGCCCGAUUGGACUGGUCGCCUCCGAAUCACUUCAAAAGGAAAGAUCGCCUAUAUCAAACUCGAGGAUAAAGUUUCAGGGGAGCUCUUUGCUCAGGCUCCAGUAGAACAGUAUCCUGGUAUCGCUGUGGAGACAGUGACAGAUUCUAGUCGCUACUUUGUAAUCCGGAUCCAGGAUGGUACUGGGCGCAGUGCUUUCAUUGGUAUUGGCUUCACAGAUCGGGGAGAUGCCUUUGACUUUAAUGUCUCCUUGCAAGAUCACUUCAAGUGGGUAAAGCAGGAAACUGAGAUUUCCAAAGAAUCCCAAGAAAUGGACACUCGUCCUAAGUUGGAUCUGGGCUUCAAAGAAGGACAGACCAUUAAAUUGAGUAUUGGGAACAUUACAACCAAGAAAGGAGGAGCUUCUAAGCCCAAGACUGCAGGGGCUGGGGGCCUAAGCUUACUCCCACCCCCGCCUGGAGGCAAAGUCACGAUUCCCCCGCCGUCCUCAGUUGCCAUCAGCAAUCAUGUCACCCCACCACCCAUUCCAAAAUCUAAUCACGGAGGUAGUGAUGCAGAUAUUCUUUUAGAUUUGGAUUCUCCUGCUCCCGUCACGACACCAGCAUCAGGUCCAGUUUCUGCAAGCAAUGACUUGUGGGGAGACUUUAGUACUGCAUCCAGUUCUGUUCCAAACCAGGCACCACAGCCAUCCAACUGGGUCCAGUUCUGAAUGAUUGGCAAAACAUUAAGGACAGACUUGUGGAGUAAAAAUGACCUCGAGGGCACCAAUCUGUGAGGGAAGUAAGGAAUCCCUUCCCUCCCUAGAACCAAAAUGACUGGACAAUCUUUUUCAUAGCUUCUCCAUCGCACUCAAGCUGGUUAUGUCACUCCCCUGUUUCAUUGCUUGCUGUACAGCCAAGAUUGUGUCUGUUAUCUCCUGUUUACCACCAAGGCAGGAGACUAGUGGAUCUCAUUAUACUUGUGACUGACUAUGCAGAGCUCAAAAGGCCAGUGUCUAUUGAGGGGAAAUGACCUGUAACAGCUGUAAAAUGUAUCUCCAUCUUUUAAAUUCUUGAAUUUAUUUCAAAAUCAUCUCAUGACCCUUGCGUGCCUCUUUGUGAAGCCCCAUUUGGCAAAUUCAGGGGAGACAAAAAACCUUGAAACUUCCUUCUCCACCAAUUCAAGGCUCUAAAAGUGGACAGGCUGACCUCAGUGUUUACAAAUCCAGAAUUUUGAUAAGGGUAGGGAUGGAGAAAGACCUUUCCUGGGUCUCUGCUCUGUAGCCUCCUUCAGGCCCAUCCUAUUCAGUGAACAUCCAGUGCUGGGUGCAGCUCCAUCACCCUCAUGUGUGUUUACAUGUCUCUUCCUAUAAGAGGGUUGUGUUGGUGGCACCUCCACUAUUCUUUUCUUCUUGUUGAAUAGUGCAACAUCUUUGACCGGUGGGUGUCUCUGUGGUGGAGGAGGUUCAAGAGGCUGUGCUUUCCAAGUUAUAUUAUGUAGAGGUAUUUAAUUUCCUGCAGCUUCAUCUAGUUGCUGCAUUUGAAGCACGGCAUUCAUUUGUGUUUGCCCUGUUAUUUGACCUAAAGUUGUAGGGUUUAGAGUUUUUAACCUGAUCUAUAGAUCAGAGGGGUUGAACGCACUUAGAGUGUUCAGGGCUCACAUUGCCGUGCUGCCUGGGUAUCUGGCCCCUUUCUGUGAACAUUUAUUUUUCAGUUAACCUAGCUCUUCAGUAGAAAGCUGCUAUUAUGUGUAUUGUCAUUUUGGAAGGAAGUUGGAGAGUCUGCUUACCUGUGGCAGGUUUUGCCUAAGGCUUUGAUACCCGUCAUGAGGGUAUCUUAGAAGCAAGUUCUCCCAGCACUUGCUUUUCCUCUGCCUGCCAUUCCUUUUACAAUGCUGUGAAGAAGUGCUGCUUCUCAGAUGAAUGGGUACUAUCACUUUUGUUUAUUAAUUGGCAGGUCUGAGGAUGACACGGAAGGAUAUAAUUUCUUCCUUAGCACCUAUUUGGAUGUAUACACUCUGGAUGAAGGAAGUCCUUAUAUUGAGUUUCAAAAUAUAUUUCCUGGAUUUCCUUCUUAACAUUUUCUAACUUUGGGUCCAUUUUUUUCAUUGCCUCCUCUUCUGGGCAGCUCUAUUAUUGCAGAGCCAUGGCAGGACUUAUUAAAAUUCCAGUAGAAAACACUAAAAGUCUGUAGAAUCACUAGUGACUAAAUACUGGGAACCUAUUUUCUCAAUCUUCCUCCAUGUUGUGUUCUUUGUAUUCUCAAGAUGAUAAUAUAUUAUGUAUUUGAAUUCCGGAAAAAUUGAAAAGUUUAAGAUAUAUGUAUAUAAAGGGUAUGCUGUAUUGGUGCAAUAAUGGUAUUAAAAAUAUGAAAAAAUG